AUGCAUGACAUGCGGAAUUCAGGAAAGGUCCCACUCCCGUGUUUCUGGUGUCGAUGUUCACGAGCCGCAAGGGUCUGGGGCCACCGGUCCGACAUGGACGGGACUUACCAGAAAUACACCCUGCACGGCCCUCAAUUCAACUACGAACCCUUUAACAGCAACAGCAUUAAUAUACGCUUUUGGAGCUGGAAUUACCGCGGGUGCUGGCACCAGACUUGUCCUCCAAUUGUUACUCGAUAUUGGAUGGGUUUAAAUAUCCCCCAUUGA